ACCCUAGAAAAACCAUACCGCUUUCAUCGUCUUCAUCUUAGCUGCAUCCGACUCUCUUCCUCUCCCGCCGCCGGCCGGAAUUCCUCUGUUAACCUCGCGAAAAUGGUUCUUCCAAAUGAUGUGGACUUGUUGAACCCUCCAGCUGAGCAUGAGAAGAUAAAGCACAAGCUCAAGCGUCUGGUUCAGUCUCCUAACUCUUUCUUCAUGGAUGUGAAGUGCCAGGGUUGCUUUAACAUAACAACGGUGUUCAGCCACUCACAGACAGUGGUUGUGUGCGGGAACUGUCAGACAGUGUUGUGCCAGCCAACUGGUGGGCGUGCUAGACUCACUGAGGGUUGUUCUUUCAGGAGAAAGGGUGACUAAAGAAGAACAACAGGGAACUGUUUGCCUUUAGAGUGGGAAGUGAAAAGGUUUAUAUGGGAAACAAAGUCAGUUUUGGUGUAUCCUGUUUUUGUUUUAUGAUCUUUUAAGAACAAGGAUUUUGAGUCUACUAUGACUGAUUAUGUUCUGUUUUCAAUUAAAUUGGGUUUAUUUUGAA